AUGGUCUCCAGCUCAUCGCCUGACUAUCAAUAUUUCGGAGUGGAAGAAGUACAAGCUGAGGAGAGGCCCGAAGCGGCGUACGAUAUGAACUACCAAUCGACGCGAUUCAACGAGGAGAUGAUCGAGCCGACGUUCAACCUUCGUCUCAUCGAGGCGGUCCGUCACAGUCGUUGCCUAUUCGACAAUACGGAUCGCCAAUACCGUAAUACAGAGUAUAAGAAUCGCGUGUGGCAGCGGCUAGUGUCAAUUCUGAAUUUCGACGGUGAUCCGAGAAUGUUAUCAGCUCGAUGGAAACAGUUGAGAGAUAAAUAUGGAAAAGAGAAGAGAAAACAGAAAUACGGACAGGAUAAAUCGUCGUGGCAAUAUUUCAAGCAUUUACACUUUUUGGAUCCCCAUAUGACGGAUCGAGCAGACGUCUCACCGUCCAGAAAAGAGCCAAAUGGGGUGCAAGAGCGCGUGAAUGAUCCCCACUUUGCAAAAUCCCUUAUCCAGGAAGUCCAACGACAUCCGUGUCUUUAUGACGUCAGGGACCCAAAAUAUCGACAUGGAGACUGUCGAACACAGGCGUGGGGAAUGAUUAUUGAGAAACUACAGUAUCCCGGUACGGUACCGUCCAUCUAUAAACAGUGGAAGAAGCAUCGCGAUCGAUAUGUCCGUGAGAAGAGGAGAUUGAGGAAUAUGAUGGUUCGAGUCGAUUAUGAUGGUGAUGCGAAUCUAUCAGAUUUGUCGACGUGGGAUAUGUUCGAAGAAAUGCAAUGGAUUGAUCAGCAUUUAGAUGAACACUUUCCAGAAGCUGGAGGAGUAUUAUGUCUCGAAAACGAUCUCAAGACACUCAAAAAUACUCCUGACAGCUAUUUUGCUACCGAACAAAUCUCUCGAUGCGCCAGAAGUCUGAAACGAGGGCCCAGCGACGUCAACAAUCCGGAUGAUGGCAUUUCAGAGUAUGAAGCGGAUUUCGAGGCUGAGGAGGAACUGAACUACCUACCAAUGUCCGAGAAACGUGGCGGCGGCGCACAGCCCGGCUAUUUUCAACCGAACAAUCCGGAUGUGCUGUUGGACGGUGACUCCGCCUUCUCCGCCUCAAUUGUUUCGGAUCUUCGGACACUCAAUGAUGAGGCGAGAAUUGUGGCAAAACAACAGAUUAUGUUGUUGCUUGACACGGCUCCGCCCCCUAUUUCGACGACGCCCGCACCCAAUUAUAUGUGA